AAAUCACAGUGCAAGUUUUGCGAAAAAUACAAGAAGCUCAAGAAGAAACCGAAAUAUUUUGUGAAUAAUUUAUUUAUUUGUGAUUUGCUGUAGUGAAUUGCUGGAAAAAAAUGUCCGCGGUUGACUCUGAUAGCAGAUCCGAGCGGUGGAACAGGGCAGUCUUGGGACCGCUGUCGAGUGACUUUCUGCGCAUCACGACUCCGCGAGAUAUCCAAGAGCAGGCCGACCGCCAAGCCGCCCUGGCGCUCUAUCAGCAGCAGACAGCGCUGUCGCCCUACAUGCCGGCCAACAUUGUGGGGCGCCUCAGUAUCACUGUGGCGCAGGCGAAGCUGGUGAAGAACUAUGGCAUGACACGGAUGGAUCCCUACGUGAGGAUCCGCGUGGGGCACUUUGUCUAUGAGACACAGACAGACCCGAAUGGCGGAAAGAAUCCACGGUGGAAUCGCGUGGUUCACAGUCAACUGCCUGCCGGUGUGGCGUCUAUCUCGUUGGAGAUCUACGACGAGUGCAGCUUCACGAUGGACGAGUUGAUAGCGUGGACGGAGGUGAAGUUGCCCGAGGCUGUGCUGCGCGGCGACACGCACGAGGACUGGUAUCCGCUGAGCGGGAAGCAGGGCGACGGCGUGGAGGGCAUGAUUGACUUGGUGCUGAGCUUCCAGCCCGCCUCCGCCCAGGGAGCCACCACUUACAUGUACCAAUCCGUCGCUCCGGUCGUGAUGGUGCCCAGCGUCACGGGUCGCCCAAUGCCAGUGUUUGUACACCCGCAGCAGCAGCCACAGAUUGUUAACUCACACUACCCGCAGCAGCAGCAACAGCAGCAGCCAGUGCCAGCGCCGCCCCAGACGGCGCCCCUCACGGAGGAGGACCUCAAGCAGAUCCAAGAGAUGUUCCCCAACACCGAUCGCGAAGUCAUCAAGUCCGUGUGGGAGGCGAACAGAGGCAACAAGGAUCGCACCAUAAACUCCCUCCUGCAAAUGACUGACCAAUAG